AUGGGGCAACCUGAAGCUUUGAUUGUCUUGCCAAGGGAUAAAGAUACUAAUUACUUACAGACUCAUGACAGUGUGCAUAAGUAUGAUGGUGCUGAAAAUGAAAAACUGCAGACCUUGUUGGAUGUUUGCUCUGAGGGUCUCACAUAUUUAUCACUUUCAGAUGUAAAAUAUAGAAAAGUUCAUAUAACUCGUGUGAAUUUAGACUACAAUAAAAUAACUCAGUUGCCUGAACGGUUAAAUGAAGAGUUACCUUUUCUAAAAUAUUUUACUGCAAACGGUAAUGAACUUUCUAGUCUGCCUGAUGAUUUUGGUGAUUUAAGUAAUUUGGAAGAAAUAUAUCUGUGUGAAAAUAAACUCUCAUCAUUACCAGAGUCCUUGUGUAAACUAAGCAAACUGAAGGUUUUGAAGUUGAAUGCCAACUGUUUGAGGAAACUUCAUUCAGAAAUUGGCCAAAACAUUUCUUUAGAAACUCUAAGUGUAGAUGAGAAUAAAUUAAAAUGCUUUCCAGCAACACUUGGUUUAUUGAGAAAUCUGUGUGUGCUGGAGGCAAACUACAACAGACUUGAAUACCUUCCUUCCACUUUAAACUACUUAGAAAGACUCAGUGUUGUGGAUCUAAGCAGUAAUAGAUUGACAUCAAUUCCAGAAUCUUUCGGAGAUUUAAAAAAUCUAACUCAUGUGGACUUCUCGGAAAACAAAAUAGGACACCUAUGUCAACAUUUUCAGUCUAGUAAAAUGCUGCAGCGUCUUUUCCUGGACUUGAAUGUUUUUGCCAGAUGUCCUGAAUGGUUCACAGACCUUGAAAGUAUAGUAGAGAUAAGAAUGAAAUGCAAUGAGCUUUCUGGUAAAGCUCUUCCUGAGGGCUUUGGAUUCAAAUCAAAACAUCUGAAAAUGUUGGAUAUGAGGGGUAAUUUUGUUCAGGAACUGCCAGCUUCAUUUGGACACUUGUUAUCUUUGGAUUUGCUGCUUUUAGGCACACCACAUAAUUACCUAGAGAGGAAACCACAUUUUCUUAAUGGAAAUUGGCUUAGCAUAUUGCCACAGAGCUUUACAGAACUGACUUCCCUUACAAAACUGUUUCUGGAGGAGAAUCAGCUUCGAAUCUUGCCAGAAGAUAUUGGAAAUCUGUUCCAUUUGGAGGACCUCUUUUUAGGAUCCAAUAUGCUUGUUGAACUGCCGGUUUCUUUUACGAAACUUGUGGCUUUGAAAAGAUGUCAGCUGUCGAAGAAUCGAUUGAUGUCGCUACCAGAAAACUUCGGCGAAUUGAAGUUGUUAACCGAGCUUCAUGCAGAUUUUAAUAAGCUUCGAAAACUGCCAGAGUCUAUGAAGAACCUGACUAACCUGGAGCUUCUAGAUUUAUCUGAGAAUAAACUGAAACUGUUUCCAUCAGCAAUAAUCUCUUCAAUGAUUAGGUUAAAGACCUUAUACUUGCAUGAUAACAACUUUGAUGACUGUGAUGUUCCCAAAAUUGUGAGAAUACAUCAGGCUGAACAGGCUAAAGAAAGCAGCACAAACAACUGGCGAGGCAGAAGCAAGAAACUAGAACUCAAUCAACAGUCAGCAUGCCCCUCUGAGGCUGACCAGAAUGCAGAGAUUUGCAGAACUAUGUGCUCAGAUGAUAGUGACAUGGAAGAGGAUUGGGACCAGGAUAUUUCCAAGCUCAGCUCUUCCUCAUGCUCAGAUAUUCCACAGUCCCAGCCAGAUAUUGAAGAGAAUUGGGAUAUUGACUCUGCCUUUGGCAGUAAUCAUCCAGACAAUGGCGGACAGUUUGAUCUCGAUGAUGAAGAACCAGUCAGACAGAUAUUCAUUCCCAGUGUGGUCAGACUGGACUCAUCUGGAAACAGUACCAGCAUCAUUCACAUGGACAUACACAGACAUUGUUCAGCACCUUACCUGUAUCAUGCCCCCAUGAUAAGUCGUUACCUUAAUGAACCAGGUCAUGUUGUUGCAGGACAGUUUGAUAGUGACAGCAGUGAUGUUCCUGGUGAUGAAGCACAUGUUCAAGAUUAG